GUGUGUGUGUCCGUGUGUGUGUGUGUGUAUAGGAGUCUUAUCGUCAGAUCAUGAAGAUGAGACCCAAGGACCUGAAGAAACGACUGAUGGUGAAGUUUAGAGGAGAGGAAGGACUGGACUACGGAGGAGUGGCAAGGGAGUGGCUGUACCUGCUGUGCCAUGAGAUGUUGAACCCGUACUACGGCCUGUUCCAGUACUCAACAGACAACAUUUACACACUACAGAUCAACCCUGACUCCUCUAUCAACCCUGACCACCUGUCGUAUUUCCACUUUGUGGGUCGUGUGAUGGGCCUGGCAGUGUUCCACAGUCACUAUAUCAACGGAGGCUUCACCCUGCCCUUCUACAAGCAGCUGCUGGGCAAACCUAUUAUGCUACAAGACCUGGAGACCACUGAUCCUGAACUUCACAAGAGUCUGGUCUGGAUACUGGAGAAUGACAUCUCGUCGGUUCUAGAUCAUACGUUCUGCGUGGAACACAGUGCCUUCGGGAAGUUCCUUCAACACGAGCUGAAACCCAACGGUCAGAACCUCCCGGUAACCGAGGACAACAAGAAGGAGUACGUGAAGCUUUACGUUACCUGGAGGUUUAUGAGGGGGAUCGAGGCUCAGUUCUUAGCUCUGCAGAAAGGAUUCAGCCAACUGAUUCCUCAACACCUCCUCAAACCAUUUGACCACAAGGAGCUGGAGUUGAUAAUCGGAGGCCUGGGGAAGAUAGACCUAGCAGAUUGGAAGUCUAACACCCGUUUGAAGCACUGUGCUGUAGACAGUAAUGUGGUUUGCUGGUUCUGGGAGGCUGUAGAGAGCUUCACUGAGGAGAGGAGAGGACGACUACUGCAGUUUGUUACCGGUUCUACCAGAGUUCCACUACAGGGAUUCAAGGCACUACAGGGUGGGUCUCGCACACCCCACUAUUAACAAAGAACAGCUAUAACUAGAACAGUUGAUGUUGGUGUUCUAGAACAGUGAUAACUAGAAUGUGUUGUACAUCAGUGAUGUUGGUGUUCUAGAACAGUGAUAACUAGAAUGUGUUGAACAUCAGUAAUGUUGGUGUUCUAGAACAGUGAUAACUAGAAUGUGUUCUAGAACAGUGAUAACUAGAAUGUGUUCUAGAACAGUGAUAACUAGAAUGUGUUGUACAUCAGUAAUGUUGAUGUUCUAGAACAGUGAUAACUAGAAUGUGUUGUACAUCAGUGAUGUUGGUGUUCUAGAACAGUGAUAACUAGAAUGUGUUGUACAUCAGUAAUGUUGGUGUUCUAGAACAGUGAUAACUAGAAUGUGUUGUACAUCAGUGAUGUUGGUGUUCUAGAACAGUGAUAACUAGAAUGUGUUGUACAUCAGUAAUGUUGAUGUUCUAGAACAGUGAUAACUAGAAUGUGUUCUAGAACAGUGAUAACUAGAAUGUGUUGAACAUCAGUAAUGUUGGUGUUCUAGAACAGUGAUAACUAGAAUGUGUUGUACAUCAGUGAUGUUGGUGUUCUAGAACAGUGAUAACUAGAAUGUGUUGUACAUCAGUGAUGUUGGUGUUCUAGAACAGUGAUAACUAGAAUGUGUUGAACAUCAGUAAUGUUGAUGUUCUAGAACAGUGAUAACUAGAAUGUGUUCUAGAACAGUGAUAACUAGA